CAGGAGAAGCAGCUGAAUAUUAUUAAUAAAAAUUGUACAAAUAUUGACACAAUUGACAACACAAAAUAUACGGUUAACACUGUUUUUGUCGGAGCCCAAAAACUUUUCUGGAAUAAAAUUUUAAUACGAAAUUUGGAAAGAACGCGUACGGUUGCCUAGCAAAAAUGCGAAUAGCCUGCACAUUGGGCGAGAAAAUUUUCCUUAUUUGUCUGUUUCUAGGGAUCUGUGUUGGGUUCGGAGUCCAGGGUCACUUAUUAUUUUCGUUGACAGGUACAGCGUCCAAGAAGUGCCAUGAUGUGUGUCCCAUGGGUUACCGGGUAGUGUGUGCCCUGGAUGUCCUAGACGGAUGCCUGCGUACCUUUGCCAGUACUUGUGUGUUGCGAAUGUACAACUGCAAGUACCAAAAGGAUUAUCGCAUAAUAGCUGAGAGAGCCUGUGAGUUUAUCACCAACGACGACCUCGAUAGGCUGACCAUCUAGCGGCUGGUGGCGGAGGCUAGACGAAAUGCUGGCCGUCGCCAGAGGACGCAAGUGGCGCAGUGCGCACGCGUCGUAUACGCAACGUGUGGCGCGAAUAGCCGCAUGCGAAGGUGAACGGGCCAGGAUAUACCACAAUACAUACUCUCUGGACUCUCAGACUUAAUCUCUAGGCACGCGUCACGUCACCUCCGCGAACGAAAAUCGCCAAUUUCUUCUCCGUUUUCCCCCAGCAAAGCUUUCCUUUUUUGUACAACUCAAUUUACAUUUUAAAACAAAUA